AUUGCAUAUGUUAAUCUUUAAUGAGUACAGCUUUACUCCCUGGGGAAAACAUUGUCAAUUCUGUGGAUUCCUACCCUCCUCAAUGCCAAUGUGCAGCAAAUAGAAGCCUGGUAGACAUCACUGCUGCUAUGGAAUACGAACACAUACAAAAUCGCAGGCACUUUAAACAAUUCUUACCAGAUUUCCUCUUCUAUUAAGUAUCUCCUCACUACUAUCAGUUGAUGAUCCAUAGCCACUACAAAUUGGCAGGAAAAUGUGAUUAAAAAAGAAGAAGAAAGUGUUCUCUGAAAAAGUUCAAUUCCUUCCCUCUGUCUUUCUUCUCACUCUGUUUGUGUUGGAUUGUUGUAAUUUUGUCAUACCACCACAAUAUCUCUAGCCAAAUAAAACAUAGCAAAAAUAGAAAAGUGGGCAGUUUUCAGUAGCAUUGAUGAUGUGGACCAUAUGUAGCUUCCAUCUAGUGUAGAGCUGCUGUGGUGCAAGAUUUUGCAAUUGGCUGCAGGACUAGGAAGGAAGUUUCUAGUAAGGGAAAAGUGACUCCGUUGAAAACCAGCAAAAAUGGCACUACAUUUUGACCUUAAGUUGAUUUCCUUAAGGUGCACAGUCUAUUGAUAAUUUUCCAAUUUUUCAGGUAAUGGGGAGUAAGACAAAGAUAUUUAUAGUUAUGGAGUUCGUUACCGGUGGGGAGCUCUUUGACAAAAUUGUAAACCAUGGACGGAUGAGAGAAGAUGAAGCACGGAGAUACUUCCAACAGCUUAUUAAUGCUGUUGAUUACUGCCAUAGCAGAGGUGUCUAUCAUAGAGAUCUGAAGCCAGAAAAUUUGCUAUUGGAUGCAUAUGGGAAUCUUAAGGUUUCAGAUUUUGGAUUGAGUGCACUGUCCCAACAAGUCAGGGAUGACGGCUUGCUUCACACUACAUGUGGAACUCCAAAUUAUGUUGCUCCUGAGGUCCUUAAUGAUAGAGGCUAUGAUGGGGCAACUGCGGACUUGUGGUCAUGUGGAGUGAUACUCUUUGUAUUGCUUGCAGGUUACUUGCCUUUUGAUGAUUCUAAUCUUAUGACCCUGUAUAAAAAAAUCUCAGCAGCUGAAUUCACUUGUCCCCCUUGGCUCUCUUUUGGUGCCAUGAAGUUAAUAGCUCGAAUUUUGGAUCCCAAUCCUAUGACUGUAAGUACUUGUGCACAUUCCGUUGAUAAGCUCAUGGCUUUUGAGCCGAUUCUCAUUUCUGAUUAAUAUAGUGCCAUUUUUCGUAAUCUGCACCUGGGUAGUGAUGGAUAUUCAUGCUAAACACAAUUGGUUUUAUGGUUAAAAA